AUGAAGGACCCUCAAUUAAACAUAUCUCAGAGGCAGAUCGACGAUGCGAAGAACACUUCCAAGCCCACACCCGACGCACCAGCGAAGGACGAUACAUCGUCGCUCUACCUUUCAACGAUCAGCUUCAGUCACUCGGAUCCUCUAAAACGCUGGCGAGAAUACCUGGCGUUGGGACACAUGACGAAGGUCAAUGACAACCACUCCGACGACAACGGAUACUAUUUACCCCAUCAUGGCGUGACCAAAGCAUCGAGUCAAACCACCAAACUCCGUGUAGUUUUCGACGGAUCGGCACCAACCCCGUAUCUAGCUAUUCGGUGCCUCAAGCAACUGGCAGAGGACGAAGGACAUCGAUUUCCACGUGCAGCACAGGUACUGCAGCGGGAUUUCUACGUCGACGACGCUCUCACCGGAGCCGAAACGAAGGACGAAGCCCUCACGCUCAGAACAGAACUCACCAAUUUACUUCAACUGGCCGGCUUAAACAUACGAAAAUGGGCGUCAAACGAUAAGGACUUAUUACACGGACUUUCCUUAGAAAAAACAAAUCACCAACAUUUUUUGGGCGACUCGCAAACCUUGAAGACGCUGGGAGUGUUUUGGAAUUCAUCCGACGACUCUAUUCUUUACUCGGUCGAAGUCAAACCCACGCCCUCUCGAGUCACGAAACGAAUCAUCAGCUCGGAGAUUGCAAAAAUUUACGAUCCGCUCGGUCUGCUCGCACCGGUGAUUGUUCGGGCCAAGAUGCUACUUCAACGAAUAUGGUCGUCGAAAAUCGAUUGGGAUGAAUCACUUCCGAUCGAGUUACAUACAGAGUGGGAAAGGUACUAUGCCCAAUUACCCUUAUUAAACAACGUCAGGUUCCCACGCAAGGCAAUAAUCGAGUCCGCAAUGGAAAUUGAACUGCAUGGUUUCUGCGAUGCCAGCGAAAAGGCUUACGGAGCCUGUGUUUAUCUUCGAACCCUUAACACCAACGGCCGUGUUUGGACCCAACUUUUAACCGCAAAAUCGAAAGUCGCCCCACUCAAGUGCCAGACCAUUCCUCGGCUCGAGCUGAGCGGAGCACUCCUUCUUACGUCCCUGAUGUCGACAGUACAACAAGCCCUAUCACACAAAAUUACUCGAACUAUCUAUUGGACCGAUUCCACUAUCGUCCUCCAUUGGCUCAAUACAUCACCUCACACCCUUAAAACAUUCGUCGCUAACAGAGUCUCCGAAAUUCAAACAAAAACCAGCAUCCGCGAUUGGCGCCACGUUCCUACCGACGACAACCCCGCGGACUUAAUAUCACGCGGCCAAACACCCGAAGAGUUUCUGCGCCCAACCAUCUGGCAGCACGGUCCUGCAUGGCUCUACCAGUCGGAAGGCUAUUGGCCGACAUGGGCGCUAACACCGCAAAUUGAAGUACCGGAGCAGAAGGGGGCGAUUUGUCUGUCCGCAAACCCCGCCGAUUACAGUUUGUUGCAAAGAUAUUCAUCCUGGCCCAAGUUGAUACGAAUCAUAGCUCGUUGCCUCCGUUGGAAACAGAAAAGGAACCGAGCGGCACCCCUAACCGUUACUGAAUUACGCAUAACGCACAAUAAACUGAUAAAAUUGUUGCAAAACAUCCAUUUCUCCGAGGAAAUUCGUACACUCCAAAAAGAUCGGAACGCGGCGAUAAAGGGUAAGCUCACGCGACUCAAUCCGUUCAUAGACAAGGAAGGAAUAUUGCGAGUCGGGGGUCGACUCAGUCAUUCGUCGAUGACCUUCGCCCAGAAACAUCCCAUAGUAUUACCUAAGUCAUCCGUUACAACACGCAUCAUAGACCACGAGCACAAGAUCCACAUGCAUUCCGGAACGCAGGCUACGUUAUAA